AUUUUGUGAUUAUCUGAGUUUGCCAGAAAAGCAACGCUGUUCCCCCUGACCUGCAACAUCAUCUUGCCUACUCUGCGCCUCCGUUGCCUUAAACCAGAAUUACAUUUGAGUGUGCUUCUCAGGCUGGCACACAGCAAACAGCGACACCGGGCUUCUCCUGAUGAUGAGAGCUGACGUCAGACUGGUUUCCAUGAAUAUUGAUGUGGAGGAUAGUCUGUUUCAUAGAAGAACAGAAGGAGGCAAGAUGGCUGCCCUUUAGGAUUUGUUAAAGAGGAGAUCCAGACGGUUUGUUGGAAUUUCUACAAAGUGGAGGGACAUAUAAAGGAGGACGGACAGAGGGCAGCCCUGUGGAUGGACUCUGAGCAGGCCAGAUGGAAACAGAACAGGCCAGACAUGAGACGGAAGAAAGUUUGAUAUUAGCACAAUUUGGCACAUCUCACAACAUCUCUCACAAACUCCAGAAUGGAGGCCAGUCUUCAGAGAGAGAUUCUCUGCAGAUUACUGGGAAUUCUAACUGGAACCAUUACAAGCCCAGCACAGGCGCCAAUUCCAUGAAGAGGCACAGGGAGAACUGCAACAGCCCUGCUUCAGUACAAGGGCUGUUCGAUCAAGGAGCCUACAUGAUGAAUGGAGAAUUAAUGAACGGAGAGUUGAAGCAUGCACUCACUGGGCAGUCCUUACUGGUCCACCAGCCCAAGAAACUUAAAGUAGAUUCUGAGAUGAAAGAAAAUGACAACAUGAGCUCAAGUUUGGAGGACAACUUUCCUGAGUUGACAAAAGCAAACGAAUUUGAAUGCAAUACCUCACAUACAGAGAUUAAGUUAGACAAGAGGAACUGUAAUUUUCCAAAUGGAGAUAUUUUUAGUCUACCAAGGAAUAAACAAGUUUCAAUUCCAAACGGUGCUGUAUCACCUUCCUCAACCAUAGAAAGCACUCCAGGUGAUCUUUUAGAGAAAACUCUGUCUCAGUAUUAUCCUGAGCAAGUGUCAAUUGCACCACAAAAAUCUGGGCCACAGCAAGAUGCUGUCAAUGGUUCAUUGGCAAAUAAGCUGCCCAGUGAAGGUGCUCAACCCCCCUCUUUAACCUCAGGGUGGCCCAAUUUAGCUCCGAUUCCUGACUCACAGCAACAGCAACCUGGGGCAUCAGGCAAUGUUAAAGGAGGCAACAAUUAUAACUCUGUCAACUAUGUAGUGAAUGGAUACUCCAACAAUUUUGAAGCAGACCAGCAGCAGCAACAACAGCAACAGCAGCGGCCACCAUCGUAUUCUGGUCAGGAGCUGUCUCUAGGUCAGCUGCCUGGCAUGAUCUCACCUACAAAUACUGCCAAUAGCUCACAACAUCAAAAUGGCCCAAAGUGUUACCCAGAUGACACAAAUCCUCAAGGUAUCUAUGUGAAAGCCAACCAGGAGUUUAAGCAGAACUCUUUUAUGAAGCGCAGUGCUCCCCUACAAGCAGGAGAGCCAGGUGGAUAUGGAUCCUUUUCCAACUCUGGGAUACAGAAGAUGAGGCAAAAUGAGGAACCCAGGUCUGGUCAACAUCAGCACCAUGGCACUGACAGGGGCCACCAGUAUGGGAUUCAACCCCAGACCUUAAAACAAAAUGCUGGGAACCCACAUGGAGCUGAUAGUACGGGACCCAUGGGGCCCAGUCUCCAGCAACCACACCAUGCUGGGUUAGAAAACGGGACGGAGAAUACGUCUCAGCAGAGAGCCAACUUGUGUUCAACUCCCCACCAGAGAGGCUGGAUAGAGCUGAACUCUUCACAUUCCCAGCAGCAACCAGCAAGUGGCCCAUCAUCCCAGUCACAAGAGCAGGACAUGUGGAGGGGCUUCCCUGGAAAGCCUCAGUCAGAGCAGCAGACAGCUAAACCCCACGUUCACUGCCAGAUGUUGGAGCCAAAUCCAGCACAAAUAUUCCAGACACAGGGAGUUUUUACAGAUAGCAGCCAAGGUUCUAACAGCUUCCAGCAGCAACAGCAAGACUGUCUCCCGGUCCAAAGACACAGUGCUCCAACCCAGCACAACACUGCCCCUGAGUGGCAACAAUCAAAUUCUAAAGCACCACCCGAGAAAAUACCUGAGCAGCAUAACUUCCCCCAAAAUCAGCAAGCAGACAGUCGCUACCAUACCCAGAUGCAGUCAGAGCACUUAAGCGACGACCCUGACCUGCAGGAUAUACUGUCACCUGGGUUUUUAGCAACACAGCAACAACAGCACACUCAUCUUCAACGUCCCCUGUCCCACCCACCACAAUUUGAAGGACAGCAACUCAAGUCUCCUAAUUACAGACCUCACAGUCAGCCUCAGCCAGGUCAGCAGCAGCUUCAACCCAACCAGCCUCUUAGAAACAAUUCUGCUCAGUCCAGCAGCCAACACAUCCAGCAGAGCGACCAUGCAACAUUCAGUUACAAUAACACAACAGAGAUGCAACAACUACAACAUCAAAGGCAGUAUCCACCAAACUCAGGCACAAGUAACCUCAAACAAUUUCAACCACAGCGGCCUAACAACAACUGCCACCAGCCCAACCAUGCGGACAUCACCCAGACCUCCACACAGUCACAACCUCACUUACCACAAGGCACGUUAAACCUACAUGUAUCAACACAGUUGAAUCCUAAAGCUGAACAGCAACUGAAGACAUCAUGCACUCAGUUCCAAAGGGGACCUCGACUACCUCUUGUACCUGUGGUUCCCCAUGGAGACUUUCAGAGGCAUGCAGCCCUGCGUAUGCACUUGUUACAAAGGCAGGAGCGCCAGGGUCCUCUUCAUACCCCACAGACCAUUAGUGACCCUAAACACGGCCUGAGAGCUGUGAAAAUGGAAAACGGACCCAGAUUUGAGCUGCCUGGUUCACUGCAGCAGGAGCUGCAGUUACAGAUGCAAGAGGCAGGCAUAGGUGGAAUUAAAAUCAAACAGGAGAAUCAGCAAUCCCUGUGUGAGCAAAGCAAGACACAGGGAAGCAUUUUGGCCUCUAUGGAACAAAGCCUGAGGCAGUACCAGCUUUCACCUGUGUUUGAGAAGAAAUCCCUUGUUGUCAAUUCAUCAAAUAAAAUCAAGGUGGAAUCUUCUGGGCCUGUCACAAUCUUAUCAACAAAUACUGACCUGAGUGGAGUGGAAACAUCAGCAGCUGCCUCAUGUAAUGUCAAUGUAGCUCUAAAGAAACCACCUGAUUCCACCCCUAAGAAGGAACACCUCCUUCAAAGCUUUAUGGACUCUCCUAUGAAGCUACUGGAUACCCCUAUAAAGAAUCUAUUGGAUACCCCAAUGAAAACACAAUAUGACAUUGCAUCCUGCCAUUGUGUUGAACACAUCAGCGAGAAGGAUGAAGGCCCAUACUACACUCACUUGGGGUCAGCGCCUAAUGUUGCCAGAAUACGAGAAGGGAUGGAGAAAAGGACUGGUCUAACUGGUCGCGCCAUCCGGAUUGAGAAAGUAGUAUACACCGGCAAGGAAGGGAAAAGUACACAGGGGUGCCCCAUAGCCAAAUGGGUGAUUCGUCGAUCCAGUGUGGAAGAAAAGCUACUGGUGUUGGUGCGGGAACGUUCGGGUCACACAUGUGAGACAGCCUGCAUCGUUGUGGUAAUCCUAGUCUGGGAGGGCAUCCUGCCGAGCCUGGCUGACCGCCUCUACCUUGAGCUAAGUGAAACUCUAACAAAGCAUGGAGCCCACACCCAGAGACGCUGUGCUCUCAAUGAGGAGAGGACCUGUGCAUGCCAGGGUUUAGAUCCUGGUGCCUGUGGAGCAUCUUUUUCCUUUGGCUGCUCCUGGAGCAUGUACUACAACGGCUGCAAGUUUGCCCGGAGCAAAAUACCAAGAAAAUUUAAGCUACUAGGAGAUGAUGUGAAAGAGGAAGAGAAAAUAGAGCAGAACUUUCAAAAUCUGGCAACCAUAUUGGCUCCAUUGUAUAAAACCUUGGCACCUGAAGCUUAUGCAAACCAGGUGGAACAUGAACACAGGGCACCAGAUUGUCGUCUGGGACUCAAGGAGGGCCGUCCCUUCUCUGGAGUCACUGCUUGUAUGGACUUCUGUGCCCACGCUCACAGAGACCUACACAACAUGCAGGGUGGCAGCACUGUGGUGUGUACAUUAACAAGGGAAGAUAACCGAGAGAUUGGAAAGAUACCAGAGGAUGAGCAGCUCCAUGUACUGCCUCUUUAUAAGGCUUCCAACACUGAUGAAUUUGGUAGUGAGGAAGGUCAGCAGGAGAAAAUCAAGUCAGGCGCCAUCCAAGUCCUCAGUGCCUUCCGCCGCCAGGUGCGCAUGCUUGCUGAACCCGCCAAAUCUUGCCGGCAAAAAAAGCUGGAUGCCAAGAAGGCAGCUGCCAACAAGAAUGCUACGCUGGACAGCUGUAAUGACAAGGCAGAGAAGGCCCUCCUGGCCAAGUCAAAAGCUGGCACUUAUGAGAAUUCCGCUCAGAGCACUCCUAUGGCAGGACUUAUUCCAGGUGCAAUGGGAGCAACCCUACCGUCAGGUCAGCCAACACACCCCCUUGGGGCCCAUCAUCAGCAACUACAGCAACUACAGCAAUUACAGCAACUACAGCAACAACAGCACCAGAGCAUUCUUCCCCCUUAUCCUGGCUCAACAAAUGCAGCCAGCUACCCCAGGUUCCCCAGCCACUCUGGGUCUUUUCCAAGCACUUCCAAACCAAGCAGCAUGUAUCCCCCUAAGCCACAAACACCAGCCAGCCCUUACCCCUCCCAGCUCCAUGUACCAAACUCUUACAUUAAUGGAUUAAAUCAUCCAUACCCAGGUUAUCAAUGUAAUGGAGGAAUGCCCCUUGACAAUUACCAUCCAUAUUAUGCUUCAAACCCAAAGCACCUGGACAUGUAUCGACAACAGCGGCCAGCGCUUUACUCAGAGCAGCAGUAUGGUGUACAUCAACGUUAUGAGGUCAAUUAUCCACCAAGGUAUGGUGAGCCAGGUUUACAGGUCAAUGGUUACAAUGCCUGCAGCAUGAGGCCAGUUCACUCCAUGAGACCUUAUGUUCCUUACGGUCCUAAUGGAGCCUCAGAACCCCAAUUCAUGGACCCCCUCUCAAGCGCACCCUCAGCCCAUGGAGGUCUAGACUAUACAGCUGCUGUGUGCAAAGGCAAUCAGUUUGGAGGAUACCCAAAUCCAUACCUAUCUCAGAGCCCUCAAAUCUUGCCCCCAGGCCAAGAUCCUUUCCAUAUGCAAAUCAAGACAGAGAUGGGCAUGCCUCACCCGCAGAUGCUUUCCUCUCAGAUAAGUGGUGGGUGUUUAAAUCCUGAAACACAGUCAGGGUUAGGUCUGCCUAAUGGGAACCUUUUGGGCUCUGGUAUUAAGCAGGAGCCUGAAACACCACAGACACCGACAACCCCACAAAAGCCUGAGAUGUGGUCAGACAACGAACACAACUUCUUGGACCCCGACAUUGGGGGUGUGGCAGUGGCACCAAGCCACGGUUCAGUCCUCAUUGAGUGUGCAAAACGGGAGCUCCACGCCACAACACCUCUUAAAAACCCAGACCGCCAACACCCAACACGCAUCUCCUUGGUCUUCUACCAGCACAAAAAUAUGAAUGAGGCCAAACAUGGUUUGGCACUGUGGGAAGCCAAGAUGGCAGAGAAGGCUCGAGAGAAGGAAGAAGACGCAGAGAGAAAUGGUGGUGAGGGGACACCUAGCAAGGGCAAGAAGGGGGUGAAACGUGAACAUCCAGAAUCAUCAGAAACCAUUGGGAAGCCUCCUUAUAAACGUUUUAUCCAGGCACUAAUGGAGGGGUCCUUGUCAUGCACAACAAACACCUAUGUCAGUACAGCUCCGUAUGCCUUCACCAAGGUCACAGGGCCUUACAGUCAGUUUGUGUAGAAAACAUUCAUGAAGAAGAAAAUUGAAGGUGCUUUAUUUAUUAAAGACCACUGGCCUCAUCUAAACACUUCUCAUCUGUAAGGUUAGCAACAGUGUUGCUUAGAAAAAGGAACCUUUCACAUCAGGUCUUUCACCUCUUUAACAAUCAAGCUUUACUAGUUGACCCUACUAAGGAUGUAUUUAUUUUUGUUCGGCAACUUUUGCAAGAUACACACUGUCAAGAUCUCUGGUGCUUACAGCCUCAUACAUAAGGACCUAUUUUUAAUGGAAACAAAGUUUCAUUUUGGUGGCUUUAUUUUUCUUACAAAAUUUUGGAGAUGUAAUCUUGGCAUAAAACACUGACUUUGUAAACGACAACAUUCACGGUGCUAAAGAGUGUGCUUGUUAAUUAUUUUAAUCCAAAUGCCUUCACACUAUAAGCAGAACACACUCUACAAAUGUGACACUCAAUGACACUGAAAAUAUCAUCCCACUGUUGAAUCAUCAGCAUCAUUAUGGUUUUUGGCAAGUCAGUGUUUCUUAGAGCACUUUUUGAUAAUGCAGGUUAAAAGUUUUGGUAAUCUAAAAUCUGGUAAUACUGUAUUGCUACAUUGAGAGUAAUUCAUUUUUAAGCAUCACUAAAAUUAAAUGGAUGAAUUUUUAACAGAGGGUUGAAUGAGCAAUCCAUGAAACUGUUUCAAGUACAUGCAAAAAUACUUUUUAAAACUUUUUAUUAUCAGUGUUGGUGCUUCUUUCACUUUCCUAUGUCAUUUACAUUUUAAAUUGAGCCAUUCUAAUGGUGCAUUUUUAACAUUGAGGAAAAAAUGUUUGUUAUUUUAGCUUUUUCCAGGUUUACUUUAUUGUCAGCGACUGUUUUCAAUGUUCCUUACCUUAGGUUCAUUAAACAAACCUGGACUGUGAAUAUUACAUGUAGUUUUAUGUCUGUGGUGCUUAGUAAAUGUGCUUUUUAUACACUGACGAACAUGAAACAGGGUAAGCUCAGCGUCAGUUUCAGAGGGCAGCUGGCUUGCUGUGGGGUCUUUAAUUAUUGCAAUCUAACUGUAAUAUAAACAGGUGAGAUGUGUACAGUAAGUUAAUUUCCCUUUUUGGAAUUACUGUUAUUUUGUGUUGUAAAGAAUGCUAACAGCCUAUUUCAUUGUAUUUCUUUGGGUUUCAACUGAUUUUAUAUCAUGAGGUGCUAGUCAACCUACUAGAAACAUACAAUGUGAGACUCUUUGGGCAGUGAGAAGGCUUUUAAAUAAUGUACAGUACAAACCUGUCAUAUACCUCAAAACUAGUUUGGCAAUAGGAUUAUAACAUAUUUUCUUUCUUCCUUUGUAUAUUACUUAAAAAAUGUUAAAAGUUAAACUUCAGGCCACCAAAAGGCAUAAAAGUCCAUUUAUUACUUUCUUAUCAAUCUGGUAGAAAGUAUUACUUGAACUUGAAUCUUUGAGGUUACUGUAAAAUCAGGGACAUUUUCAAUGUCUAUUUCAAGUUUGUGUUCAUCUUCAAAACUUGUAUUCAUCUUGUUUUUCUCAUUCAGGUACUUGCCAUUGCAUCCUGAAUCCAAUUUUCGUAUUCUAUACUCUACACAAACAAAAUUUAAUCUGUGAGGAAAAAGAUUCUUUACUGCAAUUUCUUACUUAUAUUUUAGCUAGUAGGAUGGUGGUAAUCUUUUAAACGUAAUCUGAACAUAUAUGCACUGAGUUGACUAAAGGGAAAGUAUAAAAUUGACUAAAUAAAAAAAGUAAUGCAUUUGCUUUUGCUACGAGGCAAAACCAGGGCAGUGAUUAACGUAGGCACUCAUCUUUGUGCCUGUGUAUAGUUAAAUUUAUUUAUAACCACUAAGCAAUUGUAUAAUGAUUUUUCUUCCCUGCCUAUUUGAUUUAAUUAAUGCGGUAUAUAAUGGAAUGACUGUCAUGUUAUAGUAACAACUUACCCCACUCUUUAACAUAUUCAUUUUCUGAAAGCACUUCAUUUCUUUUUUCAGGAAAAAAUAUGUAAUAAAGAAUUACAAAACAUUUUAUUUAAACAGAUUGUAAAUGUGUUUUAAAAAAAAUAAUAAAUUAUGUCACAUUGUACAUACCAAGAACCUGUAUUGCUGGAAUACAACUCAUUCUUUGAUGUUGAUGUAGGUUCUUCUUGUUCUGUCAAAUUGACCCACAACUCCUCUAUCAGCAAUCCUCAUCAUAUCUUUAAAAAUGCUUUUGGCUCUUUCAGGUUCAAAGAAUGAUCAUGGUUAGAUUAUCCAGGAAGUCUUUGUAAAUGUAUGCUCACUGUCACAGCAAUGUUUACUGUUAUAGUAUCCUGUUCGCUCAGACAUUAGAAGUUCUAGUUUUUUUUAACUGUUCCAGUUUUGUAAAAUAAAUACAUAAAAAAUGUUGAAUUUCAUUGUACAGGACCCAGCUACAGUAGCAGGUUGUGGUUAAGAAAGCCAAGGUGUCUAAGAUAUAGCGGGUUAAAAGCAUAGCCAUACUUGAAGAUGCUUCAGAGUGUUUCUGAGUGAGUCAACAUUACUUGAAUGACUUUCUGGGCUUAACUAUAUGUGCUUAGCUCAAAGGUUAAGCUAGCAGUUGAUACACACUUGGUCUUUUUGCAGUUAGACACUAAAGGUGUAAAAAAAAAAAAAAUGUGCAACUUUAUAUCUGUCAUUUUAUUUUUAAGGCCUCCCUUAUUCUCCUGAAGUUUGGUAUGCUACAAAAAAUGGAAUUAAGGAUGGGUAUUAAUACUGUAAGUAUUGUAAUGUACUGAAUGCAGUUUAUUUGAAAGCUGUUUAUUAUAUCAUUCCUGAUAUUGCUGAGAUUUGGGUGUUUUUUUAAUAAAAUUUAUAUUUAUUUAAAGCAAA